AUGACGUCACCGCCGGCGUCCGCCGAGUCACCUGACCGGGAGGGAAAAGAAGAAUAUAUUGCGACAUUCAAGGGAUCAGAAUACUUCUGCUAUGAUUUAUCUCAGAACCCUAUACAGAGCAGCAGUGAUGAAAUAACUCUGUCCUUUAAAAUGCUGCAGAGGAACGAACUGAUGCUUCACACAGGAAAAUCGGCCAAUUAUGUCAAUCUUGCACUGAAAAAUGGAGCUGUCUCCUUGGUCAUUAAUUUGGGCUCAGGGUCCUUUGAAGCGCUGGUGGAACCUGUGAAUGGGAAAUUUAAUGACAAUGCCUGGCAUGAUGUGAAAGUAACCAGGAAUCUGCGUCAGCACUCAGGCAUUGGACACGCUAUGGUGACAAUAUCAGUGGAUGGAAUUCUGACCACAACGGGAUACAUGCAAGAAGACUACACCAUGCUGGGCUCUGAUGACUUUUUCUAUGUUGGAGGCAGUCCUAGCACAGCAGACCUCCCAGGGUCACCAGUCAGUAACAACUUUAUGGGCUGUCUCAAAGAGGCACUUUCCUCUUUGGUGAAGUUACCGUCACAGCCGACAGGAAUGAGCAAAAAUCCCGGGCUGGUGAGUGAAAUGUUUCAGAAGUUCCGCAGCGGUAUCUGCAAGUGUGGGGGUGUGCUGGAAAGGCAGCAGGGUGUGAGCUACAGCAUGGAGAAAUCCAGAGCAGUACCGAAGAACAGCAGGGGCGGGGCAGCAGCGGCCCAGCUCCAAGCAGGGCAGGGAGAGGCGAAGUUCAGGACUCCCGGGGCACACGAGCAGAUGGUGAUAGGUCCCUCAGGGCUGAGCUCCAGCGGUGCUGGUGAAUUCUCCCUGCAGUAA